UAUGAAGAGGUGGAAAAAUGGUAGGGUGUAACAGUGGAAAUAGUAGGAGUUCACACUUGAGAUUCUCUUUUACGCUUCGACGUCUCCCCGUGUUGGAAUCUAAGUUAGUUAUUCGAUGAACAGAAUGUGGAGAAGAAGUCAACCGUUUACGUAGUCAAACUGUGAAACCCAACGACUUUGACUAAUUCAUCUUCGUUCAGGCUUCUCCGAAUUCGAUGGUUUGAGGUCUAACCUGCAGUCAGCCGACAAUGAUCCCCGAUCGCUUAUAUGUGUGAAAUGCAGCCAUCCCGUUUCAUCGCAACCCGGUCCAACAAGUUCUUAUUUCCAUUUCUUUCAAGUCUGCAUCUGCUUCUUCCUCGAUCCUUGAAGACAUUUCAAAACACAAACACAGAGAGGUUCAGACAUGGCAGCUCUCCAAUUCCAGAUCUUGCAGCCAUCUAAAUCAUCAUCAUCUGAUCGAAGAUUUCACGCGAGCCUGUAUCCCUCCUCCAAUUUCAGAGCGAAAAGCGUCUACCAUCAAAAGCUGUCAAAGAAGAUCACGGUUGAGGGCUUCAUCCUGAGACGAGAGCACACUGCCGCCACGGAGGCACCGACACAAACCGUGCCAGGAAUCUCAUCGAUACCGGUAGGAGAAGCAACACCGCAGCUACUACCGCUCAAGGUAGCGUCCGUGCUCUUAUUCAGCACCGCGACCGGAAUGAUGCUGAUCGUCAACAAGGUUCAGCCUUCCCAGCUAGCUGAAGAACAAAGAAAAGCAACGUGGAUGUGGAAGCAACUGGAGCGAUCGAUCCAAGACACUCUCGCACUGCGAGCUCCAACCGAGUUGGAUGUCAUGGACGCCAUGAACAAGGUGCUCGCUCUCGAGAAGGCUUAUCCCCUGCCUUUGCUCCCUGGAAUGCUCGAGAAGUUCCCGAAGAAGGUUGAUCCUGCUUGUUGGUGGCCUAAACUACGACAAAGGCGACCAGGAACACAUCAGAGGCGUACGAUUAAUGGCGUAGAAAGGAAUGGUUGGAGCAAAGAAGUGGAAGAAGAGAUGAGGGGUCUUCUCAAAGUUCUAAAGCUGAAAGAUGAGGAACAAUAUGUGAGACUGGGGAAGGUGGUCUUGAACAUCAACAAGACGUUAGCUGCAGCAGGACCUAUAUUCGCUGGCCUAGCUACCAUCGGAUCUGGUUUAUUAGGUGUUUCGGCGCUGGGGCCACUGCCAGCAUUGCUUGCGGUGGCCGGAGGGUCGUUGGCGACCGUGGCGAACACCUUGGAGCAUGCGGGGCAGGUAGGGAUGGUGUUCGAGCUGUUCCGGAACAAUGCCGGCUUCUACAGGUGGCUGCAAGAGGAAAUCGAAUCCAAUUUGGGGGAGGAAGAUUUGGAGAAGAGGGAGAAUGGGGAGUUAUUCAAGUUGAAGCUGGCUUUGCAACUCGGAAGGAGCCUCUCGGAGUUCGGAGACUUUGUGCCCUAUGCUGCUGCUUGUAAAGAUGAAGAUAUCAAGGAGUUUGCCGGGAAGCUGUUCUAAAACGAGUUGGCCUUUUCUUAGGUGUAGCACUUCUCUUGUAGAAUCGGAUGGGAUCCCAUACAUAAAGGCUAGUGGACUUGCUAUAUGCCGAACUGAGUCACCCAGCGACUUGCUAUACUCGUAAUCAGCAUGUGAACAGCCAACGUUGGCUGCAAAUAUUGGUGUUCCUCGCCAAGAGUUCACCGGAAGCGAAAGCCUAACUCCAACUCCUUACGAGCAACUGGGGAUUGGCUCCCUCUCCGACAGCAUUUACCGCCAAGUUCUAUGCAGAUCUAUCUAAUCAUUCGGCAUUUUCCCUCUGUAAGGAGGAACCACAGCCAACAA